AUGACAGAUAACAAUGGUACCUUUGCCUAUGAGGAUCACCUCAAGCUGGAAUCCUGCCUCAGGAUCAUCAGUGGCAAACCCCUGAAUUCCCUUUGUUUCAUUAGCUUCCAAUAUGAUUUUCUGCUCUACCUGGACCCCCAUUACUGCAGCCGUGUGGAUACAGAGCAGGAGAACUUCCCACUGCUGUCAUUCCAAUGCAGAUCCCUGCAGAAGAUGCCCUUUGGGAAGAUGGAUCCCAGCUGCACCAUUGGCUUCUAUGCGGGCGCUGGGACCGGGCUGGAUGCGCUCUGCAAGGACCUGAGCUGGGUCCUGGCCCCCCCCACAGCACCCGAGCGUUAUCCCCUCUUCACCCUGGUCGAGGGGGGGGCGCAGGGGAUGGAGCCCCCCCUCCUCCGGAAACGUCCCCCCCCCCCCCGCAACCCCCUCCGGGGCAGAGGAGUUCGUGUUCCUCCGAGCACACCCCCCCCCCCACGGGACUGA